AUGGGCAUCAAAGGCUUGUUGCCUUUACUCAAGUCGAUCCACAAACACUGUACGCUGAAAAAGUUCGCUGGACAGACGAUCGGGGUAGACGCCUACGGAUGGCUGCAUCGAGGCGUGGUGGGCUGUGCCUUUGCUCUCGCACUCGACAAGCCCACCACCAUACACAUCGAUUUUGUCUUGAGUCGAGUACGGAUGCUUCUGGACUUUGGAGUUACCCCAUAUUUAGUCUUCGACGGCGACAAUCUACCUAGCAAAGCCGGAACAAACGCUGCCAGGGGAAAGAAAAGAGAAGAGGCCAGGGCAUUGGGUCUAGAAUUGCACAGAGCAGGUAAAACCUCACAAGCGCACCAGGAACUUCAAAAAGCCGUGGAUGUCACACCUGCUAUGGCCCGACAGUUGAUUGAAGAAUUGAAGAAGCUUAACGUACAGUACAUCGUCGCGCCGUAUGAAGCCGAUGCCCAACUGGUGUAUCUGGAACAGAAGGGCAUCAUUGAUGGAAUUCUAUCUGAAGACUCGGACCUUCUCGUCUUCGGUGCCAAACGUCUGCUGACGAAGCUCAAUCAAUAUGGCGAGCUUAUUGAGGUUGAGCGAAGCGAUUUCGCCAUGUGCAAAGAGAUGAGUCUGGCCGGAUGGACCGAUUCAAUGUUCAUGAGGAUGGCUAUUCUGAGCGGCUGUGACUAUCUUCCCAAUAUCGGCAAAAUGGGGCUCAAAACCGCACAUGGCUACGUGCGAAAGUACAGGGACAUUGAAAAGAUCCUUCGGAUAGUCCAAUUAGAGGGCAAAAUGAUGGUACCGAACCAGUAUGCCGAACGUUUUCAGCAGGCCGAGUUGACCUUCUUGCACCACCGGGUCUUUUGCCCCGUUGCAAAAAAGAUGGUCUUCCUCAACGACCUCGCACCGGGCCUGCUCGAGUCCGACAUGCCAUAUCUAGGUCCCUAUGUCGAUCCAGAAACGUCUCUCGGUGUUGCGUGCGGCGACCUGGAUCCCUUCUCGAAACAACCCAUUCAGCUGAGUGCAGUGUCCCGUCCAGUUCUAGGUGGAAAUCGGAGACACAGUCACGCACCGGCUGCGGAUCUGAAGCCAAAGAAAUCAAUCGAGACGUUCUUCAAACCACAACGCCAACCGCUUGCUGAGCUUGACCCGAACAGUCUCACACCUUCUCCCUCGCAAAACCGACUCCUGGAACGCAACCGAAACGCUUCCUGGGAGCCGAGGCUCGUAUCUUCUGCUCCAGCUCUCAGACACAGUGGUACCUCCCUACCGGGGCCUUCCCUUGCUUCAGACCAGUUGAACUUCAUCGCACGAGCCUCCACAAUGUCCACAUACCAAGCACCGAAACGACAAAGACUGUGCUCCGAUUCCGUUGACCCUUCCCCAACGAAGGCUGUGAAACAAAGCCCUUUCUUUUCCUCAAAACUUAACGAGUCCAGCCCGCUGGCACAGAAGCCUGCCAAGGCAAAGAAGAGCAAGAAAGCUGCUUUUGAGGUGUUUUCGGACAGCUCUAUUGACGAAAUGUUGUUGAGUUGGGAGGUUCAGCAAGUGGCUAGUCCUGAUCAGACUCGAGAUGGCAAAAUCAACGACGAGGCUGAAAAGGAAGGGGCUUCUCAGGAUGGAGAUACGUUACAGUCGGUGCCUCAGUCAUCACCGGUUGUCGGGCCAUCUUCAGUACUUUCUGCGUCGCCUCGGUGCACCUCUUCCCCGUCAAGCCGGAGCCUCGGUGAUGAGGAUCCUGCUGGGCUGAGUGACUCCAAGGAACUAAAUCAAGAUGAUGAUCCCAGGGCCUUCGAGGACUUACUCGAUUAUCAUGUUCGGAAACAGAAUGAGGCUCUGCUACAAAAGUUUGCCUUCCAGCCGGGGGCGGACCAGCAGACCUCCACACGUUUUCCGCGAGGCUCCCGAAAAUCAGACCGAACAUUCUCAGCCCAGUCCCCUGAAGCACAAAUUGCCGCCUUGAGAAUGUUACCCAAGGCAGGGAAUAUACAAACUGUCUGCCACGAAAUCCAAUUGCAUAAGACGUUCGACAAGCAAUCACCCGAAGUCCGACAAUCUGCACUCAAGUCUUUGGGUCAACAUGCGGCAAGUCCAGCCACUCCUUCUACGACAACAAGGGUGCUUCAAACGACGAAUACUUCACACAGGGGCAUGAAUACCAAGACGCGCUCCGGGGGCAGUGAUGACUUGACUUCCAAACUGCAGUCUAGAAAGACCCUACAGGGCAGUGAAGAUGCGCUCGUCCCAAACAGUGAAGAUGAAAUUUCAGAAAUGGAGUCACCGGGCCGAAAGCCACGGUUGGGCCUCAGUUCAUUUACGUUUGUCUCAGCAUGA